UUGGAGAGCUGGAGCCGCUUCCACAACGUGGAGGGGUUAAACAAACUUUCAGGGAUUCCUUAGAAGACGACUAUUUUGAGAGGCUUCCUGAAGGCACUAAUUAAAGUACUUUUCCUCAGAGCAUGUGUUCAUGUUGAAACCUGAAAGGAAUCUAAAAAGCGUACCAACCCAGUUUCCGGGGGACUGAGAUUGUGGCGGACAACCAGGAAGCGGCCGGGCUGGGAGCUGUCUCGGGUUCUCCGCUCUGGUCUCGAGGCCAGGUCCCAGGGUUCCUAUACUGUGUCCCCCAGCUCCGCGCUAUCCCUGCCCCGACCUAGGCUCCGGCCUGGCCUGUCGCUCCGGAGCCGCCAUGUCGUCCGACUUCGAAGGCUUCGAGCAGGACUUCGCGGUGCUCACUGCAGAGCUCACAAGCAAGAUUGCCAGGGUCCCCCGACUGCCCCCUGAUGAGAAGAAACAGAUGGUUGCAAAUGUGGAGAAACAGCUUGAAGAAGCAAAAGAACUGCUUGAGCAGAUGGAUUUGGAAGUCCGAGAGAUACCACCCCAAAGUCGAGGAAUGUACAGCAACAGAAUGAGAAGCUACAAGCAAGAAAUGGGAAAACUUGAAACAGAUUUUAAAAGGUCACGGAUCGCCUACAGUGACGAAGUGCGCAAUGAGCUCCUAGGGGAUGACGGGAAUUCCUCUGAGAGCCAGUUGAUAAAAUUACGUGAAGAGAGGGCACAUCUGCUCGAUAACACAGAGAGGCUGGAAAGGUCAUCUCGGAGACUAGAGGCUGGGUACCAAAUAGCAGUGGAAACCGAGCAAAUUGGCCAAGAGAUGUUGGAAAACCUCAGUCACGACAGAGAAAAGAUACAGAGAGCACGUGAAAGACUUCGGGAAACAGACGCUAACUUGGGGAAAAGCUCCAGGGUCCUGACGGGGAUGUUGCGAAGGAUCAUCCAGAACCGUGUCCUGGUCGUCGUGCUGGCCGUCAUCCUGGUCAUCACCAUCCUGAUGGCGAUCACUUUCUCCUUCAGAAGACACUGAUGUAUCGGCGGGUCCUUGAUAAACAGCAACAGCGGCUCGUGCUGAGUAAUUAAGACAAAAUGGUCACAUGAAUCAUUCUUUUGCGCUGACAGGCCCCGAAUGACCCUCCCUCCCUCUCACCACUGUUCAGCCGGAGUGCAAAGAGUGUAAAAAUAUUUUUAUUCUUGUUUGCAUGUGGGUUGGUUUCCUUUUCUAGGUUUUCUUCGCCCAGAUUUGUGUUUGUGUAGGGCAAGGUGAGGGCUUAUUUGCCUUUUGGUCCUCUCACCUACUGACCAAAAUAGCCUCUAGUGACAUUCUUCCUUGCCCCGUGGACAUGUCAGGGGUCACGGUUUGGGAGAGGGCAUAAUGAGUCUGUCACGGGGCUUCUGAUGGGCUGCGCUGUUUGUCACACAUCUCCUGUCACCGAAUUGCCCUUGUGUGAUGUCCGAGGAUCAAAACGCGGAGAAAAGCAGGGAUCAGAGCCAGUGAGCUACAGCACACCAGCCCUGUUCCCACCCCAGCACAAUGAACGUAGUCAGCCCGCCUGAGUGCUUUCAUUGUAAAGGUGGGUUUCACCGUCAGCUGCGCAGGAAAUUGACUUAGCGCUUUCUCUGUUUUUCUACGCAUAAUUUUCUUUUCUUUUCUUUUCUUUUUUUUAACACCCAGGAAUAUUUUUGCUGAGCCUGCCCAAUAUCCCACUUUUCACAACUUUGAUUACUGGCUACAAGAAAUCUUUCCAUACCCUCCCCAAAUCCCAGACUCCCCAGAAUUUGCCGGCAGCGUGAGCCCUGGCACCGUAUUUAAUGGUGACCCCCUCUCCCCUGACCUGUGUAAGCACUCCUGUAUCCUUUCGGUUUUAAUAUUUGCACUGCCAAAAGCAGCCCUCAGACAUGCGAAAGGUCUGACAAGGUUCUCCCCACAUCCAUUCCAGUAUGUAAAGAGAACAUGAAUAUUUCAGGAAGAGCAAGAACAUGACUCCGUCAGAGUGAAAUUUCGAAUGUGAUUAUAAAUAAGGUAGAGUCCUAUAGGGGGGAUCCACUAGGAAUAAACUUCACGGAAAAUGGGCGAUAACCUCCUUUGAAAGAAAGGUAUCGCGCGUGUUGCAAAAAGACAGCUUGGGUUUUUCACUAACAAAUGUCAGCAUCGCCUUCCUGAAUUCACGAUGUGUUCAAACCCCUAACAGGCUUUGUGAUCUUCUUUGGUUUCUUUCUGUCCGCGGGAACGGGGAAUUGCGUUCAGAAUGAGUUGAUUUGUGAUGAGCUUCGAGUUGCCCAAGCUGAGGUCAUUUUCCCCCUAGUCAUGAAGCAAAUGUGUUUUUCUUUAAGACUUCAUAGGCACUUACAGGGUCCGCACUAUCUUUUGAAUAUAAUUGGGAGCUUUGAGUCCUUGAAAAGCAAGCCUGUUCUCUUCAUAAAAAAUGCUAACCACCUGUGCCCAUGGAUGGAGAUCGCCUAGGUGCAGCACGUAAUGUAUCUCCCCCCCGCCCCCAACUCAGAAGAGAACCCUUAUGGGGUAGGGAAGAAAUGCAGAAUGGCAAAAUCGCCGGAGAACUUGUGUUCAGAUAAAUCAUUUAGGAUCCUGUAAAUAGAGCUGCAGCCUUUACUGUGCGGGGAUGGGUGAGAUUUGGGCAGGGCGAAGUAGGACGGCGGAGGAGUGGGAAGGCUCUGCUGAUUUUCCCGUCGGCGUAAAGGAUCCAUCUCAGCAAGGAUCUUUUAUUCUGAUAACGGAAUGCUGUAUGUGCUAAACACAUCAAGAAACCAUGAAAAAGCAAGGAAACAAACAGCCCACUUCCUUCUCGCCCUGAAACAGUAACGGGGGAGGGAGCCUCCAGCCUGUCCUCCUUCCUUCGAAGCUGUUGGCCUUCCUUCUCUCAAGUGCAUAACCAGGUCUCCAGCUGCAUCUCAGUUCCAGACCCUCCCCAGGCCACGCAGCGAGCUGGGUUGAUCUGAUCACCCAAACUUGCCAGCUCCUUCCUGUUUCACUAAGACCUGUGCUCAUGCUGAAGUAGGUGACGGAAGGAGUGCGUUGCUCACCUCUCAGUGGCCUUUUCUUUGGGGUUCUCUUGAUCAGCUCUUGCCUGAGAUUUUGCCCCAGUUCAACCUUGAGAGCGGAAAAGAUGUGAACAGAUAACCUUUGGCCAAACAGCCCCAUCACACGCCCUUGAGAGCCACCCCCCGCCAUCCCCCCGCCCAGAGUCGUGAGCACCUAGUAGGAAGCUGGUCUGAAGGUCCCUUGAAUUCCGUGCCGGGCCCUCCUGAACGCUGUGGGAGAGACUCAAACAAGCCCAAAGACAGACAGAUUGUCCUCUUCCUUCCACACUCCACCGGGGAAGGAAGAAAGCCCACACACAAUCAAAAGGUUCCAGGAACUUCAUACGUAGACCUCAACUGAUCGAUGGAGUUAAGUUGGGAAUAUUGUUAUAUUGUUUAAGAUGCCUUGCGAUGUGGGCUCAGGGGGUGGGAAGGGUGGCGGGGGGGAGUGAUGAAGACACAGAGGAGGAAGAAGAGGAGGAAGCCCCUGCCACAUAAAAUUCACUGCAGACUGCACCGUUUCCCUGACAGAAUAAAUAAAGCAGACGCUACCCUGCUCCAGAAUCCAAAGCAAUUUAAUUAACGUCUCUUAAGUUGCAAAGAGUUUUAAAUGUUCCACGUUGAAGGCGAGUGCCUGCGAAUGCGGUGGGCUUGACGUCAGCCGCCAGCCGCCAGCCUGGGCCGGGAGGCCAUUUGCGAUUCUGUUUCAGGCAGGCUGGAUUGUCUUAUUUUGGAACCAGCGUGGUGGGGGGUUUGCUUUGCUACUGCUUCUGAGCCCCGAGCUUCAAAGGCUGAAAUUAAUGGUGAACAAAAUUGUGCGGCGCUGGCCGUCCCAUGCGGGGCGAGCCCAUUGAGGGUUAUCAUUAAGUAAAGAAAUAAAGAGGGAAAAGCCUGCCUGUUCCAGAAACCUCAUCAGAUAAUGACCUCCGUGAUUGGGUUUCAUUACCAAACCAGCAUCCAGAGAUGAUCUCCUCCAGAAAAGAAGGGAGCAGGAG